AUGGCCGGCAAAGGGCGCGAGUGGUUCCCUGUGUGGAUGUCGAACUUGAUUAUCAGCACCGUGACGGCGAGCAGAGCCGGUGACCAGGACGGCGCUGUCGUAGGUGGCAGCUUCGGUGCACCCGCCGGUCAACCCCGUCGCCCCGCUCCACCGCCGCUGACAGGGUCCAAAAGCGGCCCACCACCACCGCCACAAGGCACCACAUCGGACGCAGGGUCGGCCGCCGCUGAGCAGAAGCCGACCCCUGCAGCACGGCCAUCGUCGUCAACGCGCCUCCACUGCUACACCCUCGAGUCAUACAGUGGGACCUUUCUGCAACCGCACCGCAAGUCGACGGCGCCGCCUCUGUUCAGCUGCGGCACACGCGUUGUCGAUCUUCGGUCGGAAGAGCGGCGAGAAGUGCUCGCGGCAUGCCAGGCAGGGCGCGGCGCGGAGCCACUCCACGACGGUUCGGCGGAUCCGAAUCGUGAGGGUGGCAGCCUGCUCCCAACGCUACGGGUGGUUCUCACCCCGCAAGAGGUGCAGUGGCACUUGGCCGCGCAACCAGCUAACGUGGUCUCGCAGCGCAUUCCGCUCAGCCGCGUGAACGACGACUACUGCGACUGCCUGGACGGCACAGACGAGUUGCUGACGAACGCCUGCUCCAUGUCUGGCCCUCUCACCCCCGCAGUUGGCACACGCUGGAAGUCGUACCUCGUCUCGAGCCAGCCGCUGCGUCUGUGGGAAGCCGACGACGUGAUUGCGCAGGAGGACGCCGAGGCACGCGGCUACCCGCUGCAGCCGCGGAAGCGCGGCGACGUUGGGGAUCGUCUCUACGUUUCCCGUGGUUCAGUGCUUCCAUUUGUGUGUACCUGUGGUACGGUGCGCCAGCUGCUCGCGCCGUCACUCGUCGGCGACGGCAUUGUGGACUGCUGUGCGGCAGAGGAUGAAGCUGUGCUUCAGGGCACCCCAUACGGCGGCGCUUCGCCGCACCGCCUUAGUGAAGAUCCUAACGUGGUGGAGGCGAACGACCGCGCACUGGAAACGGCGCGCGCGGCGAUGAUAACCCACUGGAAAGAGCGCAGAGCGAGCGCGGCGCAGUACCAAACCGCCAUGCCGUCCCCGUAUGAAGACAAGCUGUACCCGUACCACACCUCUGCCCGCGCGAUGCUGGUGGACAAGGGGUACUACUCCCUCUACACCUCACUCGAAGUGCAGCAGGAGAAGCAGGCGGCCGCGGCCGUGCUCGAGCGCGUAUACGCACACGGCCACCGCAUCCAGCGCCGUCGCGUGCAGAAGGGUUGGGACCGACUGGGCCGUCACCUUGUCGGCAACCGCACAACGUUGCAGCUGCAGCUCUCGAACGUUACCCGUGAACUGGAGUCGUUUGAGGAGUACGUGCGCUACCGCAUGGACGAGGCUCGCACCAACGAUCCACUGGCAGCCGGGGUGUCGGUGCAACAGCUGCAACAUCACGCACGCCUCGUACAUAUGCACGACGCCCUCAACUCGGAGAUUCAGCACAUCUCCCUCACCACCCUGCAUCGCGCCUACGGAGACCACUACGAGUACUAUCCGCUGAUGCGGCGCAUCCUGCAACUGGAAGCCAGCCACCUCGUGGACUCCAGAACCCCGACCACCUUGGACGACACGACGGCGCAGCAGCGGAGAGGGCGGAUUAUCACACCCACAGAGGUGGAGAGGAUAAACACGGCGGCCUACGCGGCCCAGCAGCCAGCGCCACCUCUCCAUAUCGACAACAUCUCCGUAAGCUAUUACGGAUUGGAGGCGAUGCGGCAGACCUUCGUCGCGCAGCGCUUUGACAGCCGCGAGGCACCGCUCGUAGCCCAGCGGCUUGGCCUCCUGCCGAACAACAACCUGUCCGCCUACACACCGGGUGUGUUCGAUCGCACCACAAACCCGUUCCAGCGAGCCCCGGUGAUCCCGACAGGCUCCUGGCAACCCUAUCAAACCCAUCGUGAUGGACGGGUUAUGGUGAUCGCGGAUCCGGCAGGGGAUGUCCACCUGGCCCGCCGCGCGUGCGUGAGACCAGCCUCGACGCUGUUCCGCGGUGGUGGCCGACUGCAGUGGCCCACGCGGCACCCCGAGGCACCGCACAUGCUGAGCGUGUCCGACGCGAUGGAGGCGAGGAGGACCGCCAAGGACAAACUCAAGGCGGCCUCAGCAGGUGAGACGGUGAAGGUCUCGCAGGUGUACACACCUUACCACACCAACACGCCGUCGGUCUUCGCGGUGGACGUGUACACAGGCGACAUCCGCUGCGAACAUGAUUCUCCGCUAACGUUGUCGCAGCACCGUGCACGUGGCCCCGGACGUGACGAGGAUGCGCCGCGGCCCCGUGCACAGACCGUGCAAACUCAUGUCGCAUAUCUGUGCGACACCAAGGACAGGAUUCUCCACUGGGCAAAUAACGGCAAGUGUUUGCAGGAGGUGGUGGUCGGCACGCCGAGUGCGUGUACGGGCUGGGCGUGGAAGGUGGCGACGGAGCGGAUGAAGGAAGUUGGGAAGGCUUAA